AUGGCGACGGCGCGCACGCGGCCAGCCGGUGACGCCCGCCGCCAUGUUGCCCACGGGGCCGGGGACACGCCCACCUGCCAGCGCGCCAUUGGCCCGCGUGGUCCCAGCGGGCGUGGCCGCGCCGCCACGCCGCGCAAAAAUGCUGCCGCGGCACGUCGCGCUCCGUAUCGACUCGGGGCGGCAGUAGACGCGUCGUCGCGGGCCGGCGUGUUCCUCCGCGGUAGUGUUUCCCCCGCGAGGCAGAGGCCGGCGUCGCUGUGCGCGGCCGCCGGCGCCGGCGUCUACGCGGAAAGAAUGCCGGCGCUGGUCUCGCGUGCGCGCGUCGAGGCGGGCUCCCCCCACCGCGGCGACGCGGCCGGCGGCCGCAUGGCGCACGCCCCGCCCCCCGCGCGCCCGCCAAUGGGCGCGCGCAGCGACCGCAGGCGCUCGAGCUUGGGCCUGUGGGCGUCCGACGGGCAGGCGGGCAGGCUGUUCGGCGACGCCGAGGAGCGUCGCGCCGGCUCUGCGGACGCGGUGGGCGGCGGGGGCGGCUCGCUGAGCUCGCUGGGCGCGCUGGAGGCCCGCGUGCUGGCCGCCGAGUACAGCGGCGUCGCCGUCGGCGUGGGCGUCGGCGUCGGCGUGGCCGACUGGUGCCGCAAGCCCGACAUGGACAUGGACCCGGGGCUGUGCCUGCAGGACCUGGUGGCCGGCAACGACAAGAAGAACAAGCGGCAGCGCCGCCAGCGCACGCACUUCACGUCGCAGCAGCUGCAGGAGCUGGAGGCGACGUUCGCGCGCAACCGCUACCCCGACAUGAGCACGCGCGAGGAGAUCGCCAUGUGGACCAACCUGACCGAGGCGCGCGUGCGGGUGUGGUUCAAGAACCGGCGUGCCAAAUGGCGCAAACGGGAGCGCAACGCGAUGAACGCGGCGGCGGCAGCGGCGGCCGACUUCAAGAACGGCUUCGGCACGCAGUUCAACGGGCUGAUGCAGCCGUUCGCAGACACCGACUCGCUGUACUCGUCCUACUCGUCGUACAACAACUGGGCGUCCAAGGUGCCGAGCCCGCUGGGCACCAAGAGCUUCCCCUGGUCGGUGAACCCGCUGGUGCCGGCCAACCACCACCAGAGCCCGGUGAACUGCUUCAACGCGGCGGCGGCCGCCGCCAGCUCCGUGUCGGUGUCCAGCGCGGCCGUGUCGGGCUCCAUGCUGCCCGGCUCCAGUCUGGGCGGCGUGGGCGGCCCGGGCCAGCCGGCCGCCUGCCCGUACGCGCCGCCCACGGCGCCCUACUCCAUGUACCACCGCAGCGCGCCCGAGCCCUGCUCCGCCAUGUCCUCCAGCAUCGCCUCGCUGCGCCUCAAGGCCAAGCAGCACUCGUCCAGCUUCGUCACGUCGUACGGCGCCGUCAGCCCCGUGCCCAGGGCCAACUCGGCGGCGGGCGCGGCCGGGCUGUCCGCCUGCCAGUACGCCAGCGACCGCGCCGCCGUCUGA